AUGGCCGGUUUGGCGACCGCAUCGCCCCUUUUACCAAACGGCGACAGCGCGCAUGGCGAGACCAAGGCACUACGGCAAGGACAGGCUUCUCUCUCAGAACGGCUGUCUUCAGAAUUGGUAACCUGCUAUCCCGACACCCAUGAGCAUGCCGGCGACUCGACUUCUCUCCCUUCCCUCUCCUCCGUCUCCGCAACCCUCCACGCGAAGAUCCAAGCCUUCCUCUCUGAACCGCACGACCCAUCCUCCCUCCUCUACCGGGUCCAGCAACAGACUCGAAUCUCUCUCUCCGUCGUCCGCGAAGCUCUCUCACGCUACAAGCUGCGCGAGCUGUCCCUCUCCUACAAUGGCGGAAAGGACUGCCUCGUCCUCCUGAUCCUCUUCCUCUCCAGCCUCCAUCCCCUCCCGGAACCCUCUUCAACAAAACAGAAGACCCAAGCCCAAAAGUGCACGUUCAAAGACAAGCCUGAAGCCCCUAAAUCCCAAAAUGCAAACCCCAACCUCCUCGAAGAUCCCGAUGACGAACCCCCCACCUCCAUCCCGGCCAUGUACGCCCGCCCAUCGCAUCCGUUUCCAUCCGUGGAAACCUUCGUCGACUCCUCCUCCCUAGCAUAUCACCUCUCUCUAACCCGCUACACAACCGACCCACCCCACACAACCCUCCGCGACACCUUCGCUUCCUACCUACAAAAAUACCCUGGCAUAAAAGCUAUAUUCGUCGGAACCCGCCGCACCGACCCACACGGGGAGAAACUCACCCACUUCGACCGCACCGACCACGGAUGGCCCGAUUUCAUGCGCAUCCAUCCUGUCAUCGACUGGCACUAUGUCGAGAUCUGGGCUUUUAUCCGCCAUCUGGGCGUCGAGUACUGUCAGCUAUAUGAUCAGGGCUAUACUAGUUUGGGAGGCACAAACGAUACACACCCGAACCCGAAAUUGCAGAUUAAUAAAGCUAGCCCUGUGGAAGCAAGUAAACCCAGCAACGCUGGUCAGGAAACCCCGAAAUUCAGGCCUGCCUAUGAGUUGGUUGAGGACGAAGAGGAGAGGCUGGGAAGAUACUGA